AAGCCAAUGGAAAAACGGGGUCUUGCCAAUCCAGUUCCACUAUGGCGGGAGUAGAUUCAGCAUAAAGCUUUUCCUUCCUCCUGCGCGGCCUCAGCAUGGCGGUGCGGCUGUUCAGCUCCAGGGAGGCGUACCUCUACCACACCAACAUCGUCACGCUGCCCGUCUUCAGGAGGGCCGGGGCGGGCGACGCAAAGAACGUACUGGUGGCCAUGACGGCUCUGGUGCUGCCCGUUGGGAUACUGCUGGAGCGGUUCUUUGAUGAAAUAGAGAAGGGCAGGAGUCUGGGGGAGGAGCAGGCUGGGGUGUACGAGGCAGUGGCAGCAAAGUUGGUGGAGUUUGGCCUGGACGGACGUGCAUGUGUCCUGCGGUUCAUCUGUGAGCUUCAGCAGCGACGCCUGGCUCGCAGCACAGUGGCGGGGCAGCUUCUGGGGGUGCUGUUCACGCCACGGGUUGGGGGGCAGGAGGGUGGGCACUAUCUGGCCGCCAAGGGUCUGGGGGGCAGGAAGGGCGUGGUGUGUGCCUCCCACUACAGCUCCUGCCCCCACAGUGCCUUCCUUUACUUCGAGGCACUCAGGAACCUCACCACCACCACCACUCACAGCCCCGGCAACCCACCACUUUGACGCCUUUGAUAAUCUCACCAGCCUCGGCAGCACUAACCACACAAAACUUCCGAGCUCUUCACCACCACCUGAAACUUCUGAGACCUGUACCAUCAUCACUGCCAUAAUUCAGACCAUCCAACCCCAUAAGAGAAUAAUAAGAAGAAAAAGACUCAAAAUCAAGAGAACCACACUCAUAAGGCCCUUCCCUUCAUUCCCUUCCACCAUGGUACCUCUGAUGACCGGACCAGCGUCAUCUACAUUCAUGAAACACAUCCAGAGCUCUUCACUACCACCUGGCUCCCUGGACACCCACAGCACCAUCACUGUCACCAGCCACAGCACCAGACAGCACUGAGGCCCCUAUUACCACUGUGGCACCUUUGAAAACCUCACCAACA